GUCCAACAGGAAGUUUGACCAGAAAGCUGUGAAAAGUGUCAUCGCUGAUAGUCACUCAGUGUUGAUGGUGCGCUGAACUUUGAUGUUAAUCUAAGUUAAGGAGCCGAAAAAGAGCAGGCAGAAGUCAGUGUUACAGAGAAAGUUUCCUCAUUGAUCGUAUAAUGUGCCAUCCACAGAACAACAGAGAAGCAGAAGCUCCAACCUCCCAACAACAGAGUGUGCCACGUGGAGGGCCAAAGGUCACCUCAGAGAGAGUCGCCCUGUUCGUUCUCAGUGCUCUCCUGGCAGCUGCUGCCGUUGUUAUUUGCCGUCUCUCUUUUGAGAACCUGCGAAACAAGAAAAGUUUCCAGACACUGAGAGACGAGCAUGAAGCCAUGAAAAGAAAUCUCAGAGUGAAAUCAUGCAACACGGUGCAGCCAACGUGCCCAAACCCUCCUGAUGUAAAAAUGAAUGAGCCAUGUCAGAAAUGUGAAGAAGGCUGGGAGCUUCACGGAGGGAAGUGCUAUUAUUUCUCCACCGACCGUUUGCCCUGGGAACGCAGCAGAAAUCAAUGUAGAAAUCAACAUGGAGAUCUGGUGAAGAUAGACAGCAGAGAGGAGCAGACAUUCCUGGAGCUGAAACUGAGAGAAAAAAUGAACGAACCUGAGGACAAGUUCUGGAUCGGACUGACGGACUCACAGACAGAGGGCACAUGGCUGUGGGCCGACGGCUCGCCACUGGACACCAGGUUGACUUUUUGGUCCUCCAGAGAGCCAGACAACUGGGAAGGACAAGAUCCUGAUGGAGAGGACUGUGUGAGGAUGGGGAAGAGAGGCGGAGCUCUAGACCUGAACUGUUGGUUUGAUAAAUCCUGCAAAGUGCCUCACAGACGUAUCUGUGAGAAAAAAGUAACAGUUGCACAUUUAAAAUGUGUCUGAGAUGUAGUUCAGCUCAAGUAUCGCUCAGCCCGUUACACAUGCUCAGGACCGGACGCAGGAAGUGGAGCGAUGCUAUUUAUAUACAGCUUAUGUUAGGAAAAUAAAAAUAAUAAGCCCUGCAAACAUUACAAUGCACUUACAGUAUUUAAAGUAAAAGUACUCAAUGCAGAAAAGUGUCCCCUGUGAUUGUUUAUUGUUUACUGAUUAUUACUCGUGCAUUAAUGUGAAAGUAAGAUUUUACUGUUGUAGUUGGUUGAAGUGGAGUUCAUUUUAACUGUUUUGUGUCGGACUGCAACUAAUGAUUAUUUUCAUUAUGAAUUAAUCUGCUGAUUAUUUUCUCCAUUAAUUGACUGAUUGGUUUGUAAAAAUUUUGAAAAUAGUGAGAACUACACAACUACACAGAGCCUAAAGAGACACCUUCACAAUGCAAUGUUUUUGCAUAAAGAAAAACUUAAACAAUAUCAAAAUAGUUGCCAAUUUGUUUUCGGUCAAUCCAAUAAUCAUUUCAGCUGUACUUGCUUAAUCUGUUUGGUAGUUUAAUUUAUAACAACGUUUUAUAUUUUAUAAGCUCUUCGCUUUUUGUGUGCAAAAAUCUUAAUUUGUUAAGUUAGUAACUAAAGACAAAUAAAUGUAGUGAAGUAAAAAUGCCAUUAUUUCCCUCUGAGAUGUAGUGGAGUAGAAGUAGAAAUGUGCAGUGAGUGACUGUGCAGAAUUAACCAGCUUUUACUGAUGUUCUUAAUUUGAGCUUCAACAGCUCGGGUCAACUGUAAAAAAAAUAAAAAAUGCAUUAAACAAUUUUUGAAACUA